AUGUCGGGGGAGUCGAGCAGCCGUAACGAACAGGAGAUGCAGGACGAACAAGAGGCAAGCGUCGUCAACUCACUGUCCAAAGCGCCGCGCAAUGAAGGUAGCGAAGACAAGAAUGCUGUGAGCAGUAAUGUACCGCAAACAGCUCAGUCGAAGCUUUCGCGCACUGCAUGCGUCUUGGUUUUGGCGCCAGUCAUACUCACAUACUUUCUCUGGUUUCUCGACCUGGCUGUACUUUCGACGGCAACUCCAGCCAUCACGUCAGAGUUCAAUUCACUUGUCGAUGUUGUCUGGUAUGGCGGGGUGUAUCAGCUCGGCAGUUCUACAGUCACGCCGCUGACAGGCAAACUCUUCCGUUCGUUUUCCAUCAAGGCAAGCUUACCCAAGUCAUUCGUGCCUCAUGAAGCGUGGACCUUCCUCAUAUUCUUAUUUAUCUUCGAAGUGGGCUCGGCUAUAUGCGGUGCAGCUCAAUCGUCAACAAUGUUUAUUGUGGGGAGAACUAUCGCUGGCAUUGGCUGUUCUGGUAUCUCGACGGGGGUCCUAACUAUCAUAGCCGCUAUCCUGCCUGGUAAAGCCCAAGCGCAAGUACUUGGUGUUGCUCAGGGUCUCGGUCAGAUCGGGCUUGCAACUGGUCCUCUUCUUGGAGGGGCGUUUACCGAAUAUGCAUCUUGGCGUUGGUGCUUCUACAUCAACCUUCCAGCCGGAGCCGUUGUCGGCGUCCUCCUCGUUAUGUUGCGCAUCCCGGAGCCAGAAUUGAAGAAACCGGCACGAGAGGUGCUAGGGACGGCCAUCAAGUCCCUAGAUCUUCCAGGAUUCGCCCUAAUAAGCCCAGCGGUCAUAAUGCUCUUGUUGGGCUUGCAAUUUGGCGGCAACGAAUACCAUUGGAAUAGCUCCGUCGUCAUUGGGCUCAUAACCGGUGCAGCCGCAAUGUUCGUCUGCUUCCUCUUCUGGGAGCGAUGCCAGGGCGACGAGGCUAUGAUACCGUUCGCUCUGCUCACCAACAAGGUCAUCUGGUCGGCCGCAGACAAUAUGGCGUUUGUGCUGGCUAGCAUUCUUGUCGCGGACUUUUACCUCGCAAUCUACUUUCAGGCGGUCAAAAACGACUCGCCUCUGAUGAGCGGCGUACAUCUACUGCCAACGUGUGUCGCUAUCGUCCUUUUCACAAUCAUCUCAGGCGUAAUGAUGUCGGGAAGCGCGAUCUCAGCUAUCGGGUACGGACUCUUGUCGCUUCUAAGCUCAACGACACCAGCUGCCAAGUGGAUUGGCUAUCAAGUGUUCUACGGAGUUGGUAGUGGCUGCACGACCGUAGCAGGUUAUAUCGCCGUUCAAAAUCUCGUUCCCGCAGCGCAAAUACCAACUGCCAUGGCGAUUGUCAUCUUCUGCCAAGGCAUUGGCGGUGCCGCGUUCCUCAUUGUCGCAAAUACCGUAUUCAGUAACAGCUUACGGCGCCUGCUCAGGCUACAGAUUUCAAAGAUUGGAAUUGCUCCAGACGCCGUGGUCAAUGCUGGAGCUAGAGGCCUCCGUCAGCUGACAACAGCGCGGAAAAGCAGCGCCUUGCACUUGUGCACCCCGGCAGGGUUGCUGUGCAAGGGGACGGCUAUUACGUGA